ACAGCUUGUCAAUAUGAAGAGCUUUGUGGUGUUAUGUGCUUUCUUCGGUUACGGUAGCUUAGCUUCACUGCUACCGCUGGACGACCAUUACACCAGUCGGGUCGUUGGUGGUCACGAAGCAGCUCCCGGAUCUGCCCCGUACCAGGUGUCUCUCCAGGGUUUCUUUGGACAUUCCUGCGGUGGAGCCAUCGUCGGUGAGCAGUGGAUCUUGACGGCGGCGCACUGUGUCGUCGGGGCCAGUCUGGGGACGUUGCGUGUCUUGGUCGGUACCAACAGUCUCAAGGAGGGUGGUCGAAAGUACAAACCGACCAAGUUCAUCGUGCACAGUCGGUACAACAAGCCGGACUUCCACAACGACAUCGCGCUGAUCAAGCUGGAUUCGAAGCUUCAGUACGGAGAGAAUGUGAAACCAAUUGCUUACUCAGAGAAACAGUUGCCCGAGGAGGCCACCCUCACGCUGACCGGAUGGGGUCGGACUUCAACCAGUGGAACUAUUCCGACAAAGCUGCAAACCAUCGAUCUGCGUUACGUCGGGUACGAAGAGUGUAAACGGCUGCACAAUAACGCACCGGAAGUGGACAUCGGACACGUGUGCACCUUUACGAAGGCCGGCGAGGGAGCUUGCAAUGGUGAUUCUGGUGGUCCUUUGGCCUACAACGGAACGCUGGUUGGUGUGGUCAACUUUGGCAUCCCAUGUGCCAAGGGAUAUCCGGAUGCGUAUGCUCGCGUUUCUUACUAUCAUGACUGGAUUCGGACCAAUAUUAACAGCAAUUAGAGAUCUAGUAUAGUUGUUUGGAUUGAACGUUGAAUAAACUAGCCUUUGAAUUUCAAAUCUAUCAUAAUAAUAAUAACAAUGUGAGGAUUAUUACUUACA